GCUGCUAUAGAAGGACUAAUCACUAAUCUCUUCGUUAAUGCGGACAACCUGUGUAUGCAGUGGCAUACAUUACAAGGAAGCUGUGUGACAAGGACAUACAAGUUGGUGUUCAGCGGGGUGUCUUGGUGAAGUUUAUUUUUAUUUUAAAGUUUUCGGAGAAGUUUUGUUUUUAGGCUUGAGUGUUUGUGUUGGGAUGGAAGUUUAGUUUUUAUGUGUAGGUGCAGAAACCAAGUUCUAUUAAACAAGAAACCAAGUUUUGCUUUUUGUUUUUUUUCAUAUAUACGUUUGGAUUUAGGAAGGAAGGUUUUUGUAUCUAUGAAAGGAGUAGUGUUUGUCUGAGUGUGUGUGUGUCUGUUGCCUGCCAUGCCUUUGCCUCCGCCUGAUGUCCCGGCCACUCAGAGGCUGGCACUGGACUGUCGUACCCUUCUGGACCAUCGCGUUGGCAAGGGGGUUUGUGGCUGUUGCGGGGCACUCAGGCCUCGGUACAAGAGACUGGUAGACAACAUCUUCCCAGAAGAUCCAGAGGAUGGUCUGGUCAAGGCCAACAUGGAAAAGCUGACAUUCUACGCCUUGUCAGCUCCAGAGAAGCUGGACCGUAUCGGAGCCUACCUGUCUGAGAGACUGUCAAGGGAUGUGGCUCGGCAUAGAUAUGGGUAUGUGUGCAUAGCCAUGGAAGCCCUGGACCAGCUGCUGAUGGCAUGUCACUGCCAAAGCAUCAACCUGUUUGUGGAGAGCUUUCUGAAGAUGGUGCGCAAGCUUCUGGAGUCAGACAAACCCAGCCUGCAGAUCCUAGGAACCAACUCAUUUGUAAAAUUUGCCAACAUAGAAGAAGAUACGCCAUCGUACCACCGCAGUUAUGACUUUUUCGUGUCCCGCUUCAGUGAGAUGUGCCAUUCAGGCUAUGAGGACCCAGACAUCCGCACCAAGAUCCGCAUGGCAGGUAUCAAGGGUCUGCAGGGGGUGGUGAGAAAGACAGUCAAUGAUGAGCUGCAGGCCAAUAUCUGGGACCCUCAGCACAUGGACAAGAUUGUCCCCUCUCUGCUUUUCAACCUGCAGAGUGGAGAGCGUACCGAGAGCCGCUCUCCCUCUCCGCUGCAGGCAUCAGAGAAGGAGAAGGAAAGCCCGGUGGAGCUGACGGAGCGCUGCUUCAGGGAGCUGCUUGGACGAGCCGCCUAUGGCAACAUCAAGAAUGCCGUCACGCCCGUGCUGAUGCACUUAGAUAACCACUCUCUAUGGGAGGGAAAGACCUUUGCAGUGCGCUGCUUCAAGAUCAUAAUGUACUCCAUUCAGUCCCAGCACUCGCACUUGGUAAUCCAGCAACUUCUCGGUCACCUGGAUGCGAACAGCAAGAAUUCGGCCACGGUGCGAGCUGGGAUAGUGGAAGUCUUGCUGGAAGCAGCUGCCAUUGCAGCCAGUGGUUCUGUAGGUCCCACAGUACUAGAGGUGUUCAACACCCUGCUGCGGCAACUUCGUCUGAGUGUAGACUAUGAGCUAACCGGCUCAUAUGACGGCAGCACCAACAUCGGCACUAAGAUCAUCAAAGCUCACGAGGAGAGGCAGCUGCAGGAGGCUGUAAUCAGGACCAUUGGUUCAUUUGCCAACACUCUACCAACUUACCAGAGAUCAGAGGUCAUGCUCUUCAUUAUGGGAAAGAUCCCUGUUCCUGGAAUUCACCUUACUUUGCCCUCCUCGGACUCUGGGCCUGAGGGUACCAGGAUGAUUCAGGUUAUGUUACUCAAGUCCUUGGUCCAGGUAACAGCAGGUUUCCAGACUACCAACAUGCUGACAGCGCUGCCCAGCUCUUUCUUGGAGCCCCUGCUGUCCUUCUCUCUAACCGAGGAUCCAGAGGUCCGUCUCUUGGUGCUCCAAAUCCUCCUCAGUCUCAUUGACAGGCAUGACAACAGGCCCAAGUUUGCCAAUAUGAGCAGCAUCUCGGACAUCUCUGUGCUGAAGCUCAAAGUUGACAAGUGCUCCAGGCAGGACAAUUUAUUCAUGAAGAAGCAUGGCCAGCAGCUAUAUCGCCACAUAUACCUGGGCUGCAAGGAGGAGAGCAGUGGCCGGGAGCACUACGAGGCCCUCUUUGCCCUGUUAGGUCUUCUCAGUGUAGAGCUGGCCAAUGAAGAGGUGGUGGUGGACUUGAUUCGCCUCGCACUUGCCUUGCAGGAUCUGGCUCUGUCCACUGACGAGGCUCUGCCUGUUUAUAACCGCUGUGCUGUUCAUGCCCUUGUCGCCGCCUACCUCAACCUCAUUUGCCAGCUCACCACCGUCCCAGCCUUCUGCCAGCACAUUCACGAGGUAAUUGAGGUGAGACAGAAAGAAAGUCCUUACCUUUUGCCCGAGGCCGUCUUUGUUGACAGUCCAAAGCUGCAUUCUUCACUGGACAAAGUAGAAGGAAGUGUUUUGUUCCUCCAGUCAAAGAUCACAGAGAGCCUUGGAGGAAGUGGUUAUAAUACAGAGAGACUAGCCACACCUUAUGUCCCUCAGUAUACUGAAGAGGACCGUCUGUCCAAGAGAAAGAGCAUCGGCGAGACCAUCUCACUUCAGGUGGAGGUUGAGUCCCGAAAUAGCCCAGAGAAAGAAGAGAGGACUCCAGCAGAGGAGAUCACAUUUGAAACCCUGAAAAAUGCCAUUGUGGACAGUGUGGGUAUGGAGGAGCAGGAGAGGGAGCGGAGGAGACAAGUGGUGGAGAAGUUCCAGAAGGCCCCCUUUGAGGAGAUAGCUGCCCACUGUGGUGCCAGGGCCACACAACUGCAGAGCAAACUAAAUCAAAUCUUUGAGAUCACAAUCAGACCCCCUCCCAGCCCAUCUGGAACCAUUUCAUCAGGUUACGGCCAAAGCCAGAGUCGAUCUGUACCCAUUUACGAGAUGAAGUUUCCUGACCUAUGUGUUUACUAAACCACAAAGUCUUCAGCAACGUAAGCGUACAGUAAAGCCUUCAAGGACAGAGAAAAGAUUUGAAAGGGCAACCGAUCCUCACUGUAAAAUCGUCUUGACCGUGGAAUCAAACGGCCACAGUGCACGUGGGACAAACUCAGCUGCAACUAAAGAACACCUCUUAGCUGUCUGAGAUUUUCUUUUAGCCUUUGAUUGCAACAAAAACAAGCUAGUGUCUGAAUUGAGCAGUAAAACAAAUGUAUUUCACUCACUUCAAUGCAUCAGUCACUCAUCCCUAGAGACUGGUUAGGGACCCCUGGCAGCCGCCGGCCUAUCGGGAUUGAUAUGUAAUCCCCGAUCGGGUGGCGAGUGGUUCCUAUAAAUUGAUGGCACUUGCCUGGUGAAAUUGGUUACAGAGAGAGUUCACCUUCAAAUAAAAGUUGUGCCUAAGCGCUGAAGCCACCAUUUCUCAAAAGAUGCAGCUUUUAAUUUGAAGCAACUGCCACCAACUACUUGCUGGCAGUUUGCUGGCAUAUUCAUUUCUCCCUAGCGGCUGGUGGUUGUCAGGUGGUCUCCAACCAGUCUCUAGGCCCAUGUGACUGGGAACUGGGAUGUCUAUAGAAACUCCACUGGUUGGAUUUUCAAAUUAGAAAUUGCCAAGAACUGUGAGGGGAAAACUUGACCGACUGGAUGUUAUUUAUUGUCUUGAGAAUGAGUUGAGUGUCGCAUGCCUGCGACUGAAAACUAGCACUAUAAUUCUUGUGCAUUUUUUUUAACUUGUUUGUCCCUUCCAGAGUGCCAUACUACCUUUGAUCACAAAAUUAGAUUGCUAGACUGCUUAUUAAUAUUAUUAUUAUUAUUUUUUUUUUCAAUUGUUUUGAUGACCACAAAGAGUGUAUGUGGAAACUGAAGCAUUUUAAUUUACUUGAUUGUAUUUGUGUGUAUGUCUGAUUGUUGUAUAGACAUAAAGGUAAUUAUCCUAUUCUCCCAUGCCACCUAGCUGCUGAGCACCCAUCUUUUAGGCUUUAUUGUAGCUUGGUUUUGCCUUCUUAGUGUUAGCCAGAAGUGCUUUUUUUUCUCUUUCUGUUUCUUUUACCUAAUUAUUAAUCUAAUUAGUUAAAACACAUUACACCAGUCAUGACCACACUAAAGGAUUUACAGCAAUGUUUACCAGAUCAAAUGCUAAAAAAACCUUUUAUUUUUCUCCCCUUUCCAUAUAAAUGUGUACAUACAGAGGAAUAUAUAAAUCUUUAAGCUGACGUACAGCAUAAGGAUGUUAAUGUGCGUGUGUAUAUAUAAUGUAUAUUCUGAUUUUAGACUGACUCUGCACUGGUUGUGUUCAUAGAUAAAAGAGAAAUCCACUUAGUAUUCAGAUACACAAUGUUAACCAGUAACCAGCAGCACAUGAAAUCCAAACAUCUGAGCAGCCCACAGGAGAAAUUUGCAUCAUUUCAAGGCCAGUAUGUCACAGCGACUAAUAAAGGGUUACCGAGGCAAUGCUGGAAAAAAAUAAUUUUCAGCUUUACUCACACAGGUUUCAUUACCAUCACCCUGACCUGCAUUGUUACCAUUGACAUUCUCAGUCCUGCUGGAAUGAGUUUGCACUAUGAUUUUCUACUAUACCGCAGCUUUUUCAGCUGCAUGUCUCAGCAAGAUUCAAAAACAUCUAAAAGCCCAGUGUGUGCACAAACACACACACACACACACACGGGUAUAACAACAAGUAUGAUGGCAAUAAUUUGGCACGAGUCUGGCUAACACGGUCCAACUGUAGGUAGCAGAUCAUGUUUGUGCGUUUUUAAAUUGUGCCUGCUGUUGUUGUGGUGCUGUGAUGGUUCAGUUUUGUGGCAUUUUUAAGAGACCGCCCCUCACUCUCUCUCCCUCUGUGCUGCUUCUGUGAGCGAACCACACCCGUUCCAGCCAUUUUGCAGCCAUCUUGUUCAGGGUAGAAGAGAGUGUCUGGUUCAUCCCUGUCAUGAGCAUUUCGACUGGCUCUGUUUUUGUUUUUUGUUUUUUUUAAAAAAAUGUCAUGUCCUGUGUAUAUCCGUGUCAGCACAUGCCAGUGUAUGUGAUCGUCUGUUCACGUUUACCCCUUUUUGAUCAGUGCGUGAGUGAGCGUAUUUAUGUGUCUGUGCUAACGCUCGUACAGGUGUGUGCGUGUCUGUGUCAUCAUUACCGAAGACCAAGCUCUCCAGACGUGGUUUACAGUUCUGUCCAGUGACUCUUUCCACCACGUUAAUGCAGAAAAAGCUACUUAAGAGCCGUGUGCAGCUGUCUAAACCUUCCAGUUACACCUUGUAAAAUUGUGUUUUCAGCAUCUUGAACUUGGCAGUGAAGACCUGUAAAUCUAUCAGUCCGCGUGUCGUCAUUGCAUCGCGUAAUGUAAUAUUAACUGACGGUAAUCCAAACUUACUUUUUGUCAUUACAUGUCUGGUUAAUAGCUCUGUUUACAAUGUAGUGCUGUAGGUCAAAUCUAUUCAUUCUGUGAACUUUGCACUUUAAAAACUGGAAUACCUAGUGAGAAAGGCAGCUUUUACAUGGAGAAAAUGCCUUACGCGUGUCAUACCUGACUUUGCAUGCUAGUUGAUGUUACUGUGUUGUACAAUAAAUUUAUCUCUAACCAUGAAA